CGAGGCUAAAAGAAGGCGCGCUGUAUCUGAACUGAUGUAAAUUGGCACAUCGGAACGAUAUUAUAGGAGGACGUCCUUCAAAAUGGCCUCCACGGCUGCUUCGUUCGUGACCGAAGUUCUGGCAACUGCUGGGAGCCUUAAAAAAGAAGACAUACCAACUACACAACUGAACCAGCUAUCUGGUAAGAUACGGGAUGUUAAGACAGAAGUGUAUGAAACCCUGCAGAAGAAACAUGUUGAUUUCUACCCAGUGCUUCACUCCACAGUGGAACUCGGUGAGCGUGUCAAAUCACUGUCGGAGGAAAUGGAGUCUAUGACAGGCAGGAUUGACAAUGAGAUAAAGAACCAACUCAAUAUGUCAACCAAUGAGUUUCAAGAGCUAUCCACAAGACUGCAAGAAACCAACGGAAUCCUGGAGAUAUUGGAUAAACUGGUCACUAUCCAUGAUGCUCUGCAGGCAGCAACCCAAGCCAUAGAAAGUCAGCAUUUUACAGUUGCUGCUCAGAAUCUAGAAUUGGUAAACAGAGAAUUGGCAAGCUCAAGCCCACAAUGGGAGAGAGACCUCAAGAUAUUUCAAGCACUACAGACAGAAUAUCGUGUCCAGAGAGAAAAACUGAUAUAUACCUUAGGUGAUGCCUGGUCAAAGCAUGUUGUGUGGGUAGUUCCACAGAGUCAGGAUGUCAAAGCUGGUCAAAUGUCCAUGGUUGAGCUAAGGUUCAGUCAAGCAGAAGUAAGUUCAUCUGUAAUGAAAGAAGUUAUACAGGCAAUGCACGAGCUGCAUGUUUUGGAAACAAAACUGAAACCCUUCGGACAAAAAUGCAUGAGCCUUAUCGUCAAGCCCAUUGUUGAAGAUGCAAGAACUGAGGUUCACAUACAGAAGCACAGUUCUUUUAAAUUCUUACAAGUUAACAGAAUGGUGGGCUCUGGUUCAGGGGACAGACAUGUUGCCACGCCCAAUGAGGCCUAUGACAAGCUGGAAACAGUCUUCAAGUUUUUGAAUGAAAAUUUGCUAGGGGUCCAGAUCCAGGUUCAGUCAGCAGAAAAACAGAACAAAAGACUGGUUGCAGAAGACUUGGGACAGUACAUAGCAGAUGACAUACUGGAUCAUAUUGUCAAAGAAUGUCUGUCACACUCAAUCCCCACCAGUAAUAAAGACUUGGACAAAUAUAAAGGAGUCAUUUCUGCCACAGAAGGUUUUCACAAAAUGCUCGUUAAGUGUGCUUUUAUCACUACAAAUAAUUCCAAGCUGCUGGACUAUGUGAAGAACAUCAAUGUGCUUUUUGCUAAUAAGAAGUGCCAAGAAAUUUUGGAGAGAGCGAGAAAACUGAUGACCUCCGACAUUCACAAUGCCAUACAUGUCCCAAGUGAGGAUGAAAGCACACCUAAACCAGAACAUCAAGGAAUAACAACACCCCAACAAGGACAGAUAAAUAGUGAAGAUGGAAUGGCUGCCCAUAACCUGCUUAGUGCUAACACCUUCCAACUGCCUCCAUGUCAGAUUAGUGUUUCAGUGAAGCAGUUGAUGGGGAUGGCAUAUGAGACAUUACAGGAAGCCUGUACCAGUUCUCCCCAGUGCUGUAUUCAACUGUUCUACUGUGUUCACAGUAUGUUUGAGCUCUACUGCAGUGUAGUGCCUACCUACCACAAGGAUAGUCUGGCAACACUGCCUCAACUCACAGCCCUUCACCACAACAACUGUAUGUACAUUGCUCACCACUUGAUCACGUUGGGGCACCAGUUCAGAGACCGCUUGGCUGAUCCACUCAACCAGGGCCUUGCCACCUUUGUAGAUUUUGUGCCAAAGCUGAGAAGACUUGGCACUGAGUGCUUCUUGGCACAGAUGAAGACUCAGAGACUCCAGCUGUUGGAAUAUUUGAAGGGAGCUAGGGGUUUUGUUGGUGUAUCUGAAGAUAAGAAUUUCACAGAUGGUGAGAGAGCCUUGAAGCAAGUUUUACACCAGUUGAUGCUCCUGAGGAGAGUGUGGCUGGAUGUCUUACCUGUCAGCACAUUUAACAAAGCCAUGGGAACUCUGUUGAACUCUGUAGUAACAGAGCUCAUAAGCUGUGUAACUUUACUAGAAGACAUCUCUGCAGAUGACGCCACGCAGCUCAGCAGUCUUCUGGGUAUAUUGCCAGAACGUGGCCCAGAGCUGUUUCUUCAUGGACAGGACAAAGCUCAGGCACUGGCCGAAGUCCACAAGAAUGUUGCUAAGUGGACCAAGUACAAGGAACUCUUGGUGCUACUGAAUGCUGGACUUCAGGAGAUUUCUGACCGCUGGGCAGAUGGCAAGGGGCCUCUGAGCAGUGACUUCAGUGCCAAUGAGGUCAAGCAGUUGGUUAGAGCACUGUUUCAGAACACUGAGAAGAGAUCAGCUGUUUUAGCUAGAAUUAAGUAAAAAAUCACUACUCCACACAAAAAAUAUGAAAUGUUUGAUUAGGUCCACAAGACUGAGAUGAUGUUAUAAUACAGGGGCCAUAAAUCUAUAUAGUAGUAAUACUCUUUAAGAAAAAUAUUGGUGUCAGUUAUUUUUCUUUAAGUAAGAACGUAUGUACUGCAAAUCGUCAUUACAGCCAGGAUGAUUAAUACCCUCCUGUUAGGUUUUUACCACAAACGUUAUGGCUAAAAAUAUUAUUGAUGAUGCAUAUUUUAUGCUCUAGGAAAUGUUUAUAUAUUUUAAUGUUAUUGGAUAUACUAACUGCUGUUUAGGAUAUUUGAUGCUGAGGAAGCGUUCAAGAGAUUAAGCCUAUGUGACCAUGGCAUUUUCUCAAUAUCUACUAAAUAAAAGGUCAUCUAUGAAAAAACGAAUGAAUUAAUAAAUAUUUUACUUACACUGGACUUAAUGUGAAAACGUCAGACCAAAAGUUGUAAGAUCGACCCUGGCCAGGGUGGUGCGUUUUUGGUCGUAGUUUACUAGAGUAUUUAACAGUUGAGUUAAGGUGAUGCAGUUAAAAUGCAAAACAAACUAAUUUGUCAAUAAAAUUGUGAAAAUUUCUUAAUUAAGGGUUUUUCGACAUUUAUUCACAUUUUUAAAGUACGUUUCCUAAACGGUAGGAUUUUUGCCUGAAAAAAAAUAUUAUUAUGUUAUUCUUUGUUAAUCGUCAAUAUUUUUUUUCAAAGCCUGAAUAUUUUCCAUAUUGGCAACAAAGUAUUUUAAAAGUUUUUCAUUAUGAAUGGGAAGCGCGACUUAUGACGUGUAUUGAAUAUGUAAACCGACGCUAGGAUGUAAAAUAAAGUGAGCCUAUUAACCGUUGGUAGAAUUUUUACUUAAGAGCGAUAUUUGUCAUUAUUAUCACUUUUCUUCGAGUUAUGCUUAAUUGAAAGGAUAUCUUGCGUGUUACUGGAUAGUCGUUCGUAAAUUUUCAUACACACAUUUUACCGUGUUGUAGGAGUAACUAUUUACUGUGUUGGUUGGGGCGAAUUCAUAAGUCGCUUUUCAUAAUGAUCGUGUUUUAACAUUUUUAGCAAAUUUGCAA